UAAAGAAAACUAAAUGAAUAAAUAAAAGAGAAAACAUUAGCAAACUGAUCACAUUUAAGGCAAUUAUUUUUGCUUUGCAUCGUCCGAACUGUUUCAGGUUUAACGUUUAAAGCAAAAGUUUGAAAAUUUAGUUUCAAAUAUUACUUCGUGCGAACCACACAACGUUGUUAUGGAACGCUGGAAAAAUUCUUGUGCUGUGGUUACUGGUGCUAGUGCAGGUAUUGGAGCCGCUAUAACUAAGGAAUUGCUGAAAGCAGAUUUACAAGUAAUCGGCUUAGCUCGUCGGGUUGAUCGCAUGGAACAAUUACGUUCUUCACUCCCAAGUUCUUUGCAAUCACGUUUGCACGUUAUCAAAUGUGAUGUCGCUGAUAUUGAGUCAGUAAACGAAGCUUUCGAUUGGAUUGAAGAACACCUAGGUGGUGUAGAUAUAUUAAUUAACAAUGCUGGCGUUCAUGUUAAAGGACAAUUGUUAACCAUGAAUAUAAAUGAUGUGGAGAAAACAUUGCAAACGAAUGUAAUGGGCAUGGUAUACUGUGCUCGACGCGCUUUCAAUUCUAUGAAAACCCGUAAUGUAAAUGGUCAUUUGGUUUUGGUCAAUAGUAUCGUAGGCCAUAAUAUAUUUAACAUGGAACCUGGUACUAUGCCAUUUAUCAAUAUCUAUGCCAUGUCUAAACAAGCUACAGUGGCCAUGACAGAAGUUUUGCGUCAAGAGUUCCGCGAAUACCAAACCAAUAUUAAAGUUACGAGCAUAAGCCCUGGUUUGGUAAACACUGAUCUACCACCGGAAGAAUAUAAAACAUUGCCUCGUUUACAAUCGGAGGAUGUGGCGAUGGCGGUAUUAUAUUGUUUGUCAACACCACCCCAUGUCCAAGUACAUGAAUUAAUUAUAAAGCCUGUGGGUGAAGCAUUUUAAGCAAAUAUAAUUUUUUUAAUAUUACUUUUGGAAUGUACUAAAAUAAAAUCUUGGUAACAAGUAAA